UGUCGGUGUGUGUGUAUGAGUAUAUUUAUAUAGGAGCACGCGGUGCGCAGUUCGAGUAGAAAAGACUGAAUUCAGCGCUGAUUUCUCUUCAGAAAACACGUUUACAGUGAACCGGUUUGUUUUUAUAAGCCCACAAGUUUGGAGAAGAUGUCGUCGAAGGGCACUGUGGUUCUGGCCUACAGCGGAGGACUGGACACCUCCUGCAUUUUGGUGUGGCUGAAGGAGCAGGGCUAUGAUGUCAUCACAUACCUGGCCAACAUCGGUCAGGAUGAAGACUUUGAAGCAGCCAGGAAGAAAGCUGAGAGUCUCGGAGCCAAGAAGGUGUUUAUUGAGGACCUGCGCUCCGAGUUUGUGGAGGAGUUUAUCUGGCCGUCAGUUCAGGCCAACGCUAUGUAUGAGGACCGCUACCUGCUGGGCACCUCCAUCGCCAGGCCGUGCAUCGCCCGGCGGCAGGUUCAGAUCGCCCGCCAGGAGGGGGCGCAAUUUGUCUCUCAUGGGGCCACAGGGAAGGGUAAUGACCAAAUUCGGUUUGAGCUGACCUGCUACGCUCUCUACCCUGAAGUGAAGAUCAUUGCUCCAUGGAGGAUCCCAGAGUUUUACAACCGUUUCCGGGGAAGGAAGGACCUCAUGGAGUAUGCAGAGAAACAUGGCAUUCCUGUACCCGUCACCCCCAAAGCCCCCUGGAGUAUGGACGCCAACCUCAUGCACAUCAGCUACGAGUCUGGAAUACUGGAGAACCCUAAGAGUCACGCUCCCUCUGACCUCUAUCUGAUGACCAAGAACCCAGAAGACGCACCAAACACACCAGACGAGCUGGAGAUAGAGUUUAAAAAAGGUGUGCCGGUUAAAGUGACUCACCUGAAGGAAGGAAAGACCAAGGACACGCCGCUGGACAUCUUCUGCUACCUCAAUGAAGUGGGUGGAAAGCAUGGAAUUGGCCGAAUUGACAUUGUAGAAAACCGCUUCAUCGGAAUGAAGUCCAGAGGUAUCUACGAAACCCCUGGAGGCACAAUCCUCUACCACGCCCACCUGGACAUAGAGACGUUCACCAUGGACCGGGAGGUCAGACGCAUCAAGCAAGGCCUGGGCAUCAAGUUCUCUGAGCUUCUAUACAACGGGUUCUGGUACAGUCCGGAGUGUGAGUUUGUUCGACACUGCAUCGAUAAAUCUCAGGAGAACGUGGAGGGGAAAGUGCAGCUCUCCGUGUUUAAAGGUCACGUCUACAUCCUGGGCCGAGAGUCGCCCAGCUCCCUCUACAACGAGGAGCUCGUCAGCAUGGACGUUCAGGGAGAUUAUGAUCCAUGUGAUGCUUCUGGCUUCAUCAGGAUCAAUGCUGUCAGGCUCAGAGAGCAUCACCGAUUGCAGGGAGAAGCUCAGCUGAAGCAGUGAUACUCCACAUUCACAGUGAUGGCCUUUACCAGUAUUGUGCAUUUUACCCUCAACUGUGCUGUUUUUUUAUGUCCUGCUGUACUAAACCUUCCCACUGGAGUAGACUGUUACUGUGCCUCUGAUUAAAGAUGUCUUAAGCUCUUAA